GGUGUGUUCAUGUUUUGCUGUUUCCCUUUCAAGUUUUGAAACAGAUCUGCAUCUACUUUCUCCACUUACCCUUUGUUUUGUCCAGUUCUGUAAGGACAAAUCCUUCAAGAGAGAACCAAAACACCAAGAAACAAACAUUGAGAGAGAGAGUGGGUUUACGCUCCCAAGGUUGCUGCAGGUCUUGCUCUGUCGAUCAAAAGAAGCUUGGGGUUCUAAGUCCUAAAUAGAGAGUAGAGAGAAGCACCAGCACCAUUAAAGCACCUUUCAUAAGCUUUCCUUCAGCUCGAGAGAUAGAGAGAGAGACUAUGGGUAUGAGAGAAAAGGUAUCAUCACCUCCUCUUCCUUCUCUCUUCCAAGCUUCAAAAUCAUUGUACUAAAAUAAUAAGCCCAAACCCAUUAUUGCUUCCUUCGAUAAAAGUCCACAACUUUCACUUCCUUUGCUCUACUUUCUCUAUAUCAUUUUCCUUCCCCCCUCUUCGUUUCUCAAGAAAGUGAACUUUUUUUUUGCUUAGUUGUUUCCAUGGAUUCUUAUGAGGCAACAAGGAUGGUUUUCUCUAGGAUCCAGAGUUUAGACCCAGAAAAUGCCUCCAAAAUCAUGGGUUACCUUCUCUUACAAGACCACGGAGAGAAGGAAAUGAUAAGAUUGGCCUUUGGACCAGAGGCUCUUGUGCACAAUCUCAUCUUCAAAGCCAAAACUGACUUGAGUCUCUCACUCUCGUCUUCUCCAACCACACCCAUCUCCAGACCCAAUAGUAACCCCCUCUCCAGAUCAUCAUCAUCAUCAAUCACCAUGAGCAAUGGCUCAAGCUUUGAAAUUACUAAAAAUAACCCGUCUUCUCCUUCUAAUAAUUCAUGGCCUCUCUCUGUUUUCUCCUCUGAUCUUAACAACCCCAUGAGUCCCAGCUCCAAUUCCUCGCGUUCUUAUGCAAGUAUGGUCAAUGGAAACAGUAACACUGUCGCUGGAUCUUUGUCUUCCUCUGUGUCCUCAUUCUACAACAAUGGGAGUGACCUCAUUGACGAGUACCAGCUUCAAGACCAGCUUUCUUUCCUCACUGAUUCCAAAGCAGAUGAGGUGUUUGAUCCAAGGCUUGAACUAACAUUGAACAGUCCAACUGGUUACAACGACACCCACUUGCACAGGCGAAGCUAUUCUGUUCCUGGUGUUUGUUUGGGCUCCGAAGAUGCCAACUCCGGGUUCGGAUGGAAGCCAUGCUUGUACUUCGCUAGAGGAUUUUGCAAAAACGGUAGUAGUUGUCGGUUUCUCCAUGGAGAUUCCACCGAUGGUACUGCCAUUGUUGGUUCACCAAGUAAGCUUAGUGAAUUUGAGCAGUGCCAGGAACUACUUAGAUCAAAGGCUGCUGCAGCUCAGCAGCAACAUCAGAAGUUAGCUGCAGCUUCACAGUUCAUGACUGGAGCUUCAUUUCCUUAUAACAAGUGCAUGAAUUUUCUUCUUCAACAACAAAGUGACUCUCCAAGAUCACCAGAAGCUGCUGCAUUAAUGAUGGGGAAUGACCUUCACAAGUUUGGCCGUUGCCGGCUGGAGAGGAACGGAUUUCCGGCGAUUGGAUUUGGAGAUGCAAUGAACAACCCAGGUUCUAGGCAGAUUUACUUGACAUUUCCUGCUGAUAGUACAUUCAGAGAAGAAGAUGUUUCAAAUUACUUCAGCAUUUAUGGACCAGUUCAAGAUGUGAGGAUUCCAUAUCAGCAGAAGAGGAUGUUUGGGUUUGUUACAUUUGUGUAUCCAGAGACCGUGAAGAUAAUAUUGGCCAAAGGGAACCCACAUUUUGUCUGUGAUUCCAGGGUGCUUGUUAAGCCUUACAAGGAGAAAGGAAAAGUGCAGGAAAAGAAGCAACAGCACCAACAGCACUUGGAUAGGGGAGACCAUUCGGCAUGUCCAAGUCCAACCGCGCUUGAUUCCAGGGAGCCAUUUGAUCUUCAUCUUGGAGCAAGAAUGUUUUAUAAUACCCAAGAGAUGUUGCUGAGGAGGAAACUAGAGGAAAAUGAAUUGCAGCAAGCGAUUGAGCUGCAAGGGAGAAGACUCAUGAACUUGCAACUUAUGGACCUCAAGAAUCAACGUGAUUACCAAUUCCAUCAUGGUUUAUCCACUAACUCUCCCAUUCCCUCACCAACGCUCAGCCGCACACCCAACGGCCAAGCCCCCAACUUUCCACUUGCUGGCACUGAUCAAGAAAUCCCAAAAGAUAAUAGCAGUAGCCCAGUUGCUACUGUGACUCAGACUGAUGUUGCAGAAGCUCAGCAGGAAAUGAGUUCAGCCUGCAGCCUCAAAAAUGGCAAUGGCACUGGCAAUAAUAGCGAUGGAGAGAACAACAGAUCCAACAUUGAAGAUAGUGAUCUCCAUGAGAGCCUUGAACACAUUCUCCCUGAUAACCUAUUUGCUCCUCUCAAGAAAUCAGCCAGUGACCACCUCACUGUCUUCUCCACUGCUCCAAUAUUAGAGUUGAAUGAGAAUAACACAAAUGCAGCAGCAGCAGCAGCUUCACCUUCUAACAGUAAUCCUUGUUUACUGUCGCAAACAAAUAUGGCUCCUCUUAGAUCAUGUUUCCUUCAAAUUCCCAGUUUUUCUUCUGGGUCUGGGAAACAUUUAACUGUGGACAAAAAUCAGCUUAUUAGCUGUAUAGCUCAAAAGACUAUACUUCUCUCACAACAAAGAGAAAAGGAUUAUUAUCAGGGUGUGUGUUUGUGCUGGACCACACAGCAAUUGCAGAAAAAUCAAACAAAGAAGGAUAGUUACGGCCUUUAUCCUAUAAAUAAGGCGGAUGUGAAUGGGGAAGGUCCACACUGUCACAUGGGUUCUGACAAUAUUUGUGAAUGGUUUUAUAACCAUCAGAUGGGGCAUAUCCAACUUAAUUGCCCAGAAAUAUUCCAUAAUUUGGAGAUUAUUCAUAUUGUUCCCCUUUGUGUAAAAAUUAAUUAUAAGAGGUGGGAAAAUCAAUUAUGGGAGUGUGAAUCUAAUGUCAAAUCACACCUUGAAAACUUACUAAAAAUCGUUUAUUUAUUGGCUUUCUGCUUCUUUGUGUGCAGAAGCGAAAAGAAACCGGACAUGGAUCCUUUUGAAGCAACGAAUGUUUUGUACUCCAAAAUCAAGAACAUAGACGAAGAGCAUGCCUCCAAAAUUAUGGGUUAUUUUCUGAUACAAGACCUCGCUGAAAGGGAUUUGAUACGCUUGGCUUUUGGCCCUGAAACCAUCCUGCGCACCAUGAUUAUCAAGGCCAAAUCCCAGUUGAGACUUCCAUCGAACACCUUCUCUACACCUAUUUCACCGUCUCCGUUGAGCCCCAUUUCAAGGCCCAACGGCCACAACCCGUUCUCACAAUCGUCGCCUCGAGUUGCUAGCACUAAUGGGUUUCCCUCUUCUCCGUCCUCUAAUUCUUGGCCGCUUGGGUCACCAAACAACGGCAACAGUUGUAACACCUUUAGCCCCAUAUCAAGUCCCUUUCUUUCUUAUGAUAGUAUCCGUGCUUCUCUGCAACACAGAAAUGGUGUUGGUGAGGGGAGAGAUGGUGGGAAUAGCAGUGACUUCGUUGAUAAGCUUCAGCUGAACGAGUAUCUUUCAUUCCUUAACGAAUCUUCUUCUUGCAUGAAUGAUGAGUUUGUUGAUCGAAGGGCUCAGGUGGGUGAUUAUGCCAUGGAUAAUGGGGAUACCCAUUUGCAUAAAAGGAGUUUCUCUACGAGUGACGCUUGUAUUGCGGCUGAAGAAGCCGGAUUUGGUGUUGGUUAUAAACAUUGCAUGUACUUUGCCAGAGGAUUUUGCAAAAAUGGAGAAAAUUGCAAAUUCAUGCAUAAUGGUUUUGGUGAUAUGCUUGAUGGUAACGGUGGUGGUGUUGUUUGUUCGCCUAGCAAACCGGAGAAUCUUUAUCUUCAGCAGCAGCAUGAGGAGAUGAUGAAAUUGAAGGCUGCCCAGCAGCAUAGAUUAGCUGCACAAUUUUCUACUGGGGGCAUGUCACCAUUGGUUUUCAGCAAGAGCUUGAAUUUUCUCUUGCGACAACAAAAUGACUCCCCAAGAUUAGGGGCAGCUGCUCUGGUGAUGGAUGAAGAAUUCCACAAGUUUGGCCGUUGCCACCCUGAAAGGAAUGAUUUCUUAGCAACUGGUUUGGUAGAAAAGGCAAACUCGGAUUCCAGACAGGUAUACUUGACAUUCCCAGCUGACAGCACUUUUAGAGAUGAAGAUGUUUCAAAUUAUUUCAGCAAUUUUGGACCAGUACUAGAUGUCAGGAUUCCAUACCAGCAGACGCGAAUGUUUGGCUUUGUUACCUUUGUGCACCCAGAUACUGUGAAGCUCAUAUUGGCUAGAGGGAAUCCUCAUUUUAUCUGUGAUUCACGUGUCCUUGUCAAACCCUACAAGGAAAAGGGAAAAGUCCUGGACAAGAGGCAACAUCUACAAGAACAGUUGGAAAGGGGCAGUAUUUCCCCUUGUUUGAAUCUUUCUGGGGUUGAUUCUGCAGGGCGAUAUGACCUUCGCCUUAGAGCAAGAAUGUACUGUUCGCAGGAGAUGAUAAGAAGGAAAUUAGAGGAGCAGGCUGAAUUGCAGCGAGCUAUUGAACUUCAAGGGAGAAGGUUGAUGAAUCUUCAACUUCCAAACUUGAAGGGUGAUUUGAUUUGUAAUCACCAGCGUAGUCUAUCUGUUGGUGCUCCAGUUUCAUUACCUACUCAUAGAGAUGUCAAUAAAACAGACAAUUUUUUUCCUGAUGGCAUUAAUAAUGAAGUCCCAGAAGCAGCAGGUACUGUUGAGAAGGAGGUGGAUAUUGGUAGCGAUGGCAACAAUGGUGGUGGUGAUGACAGGGAGGAGAAUUUCAACCAUGAAGGGUGUGAUCAACAUGAACGUCACGACCACAGCACGGAGCAUGUUCUCCCCGAUACCCUUUUUGUCUCUCCCACAAAAUCAGCCCGGAAUCAGCAGGCUGACUUCGCCUCUGCUUUGAUGCAUGCCAAUGAAAGCACCAAACAUUCAGUCACUUCAUCUUCAACUGAAAACAACCUCUCAAUGGCCACCACCGCUACUGUUGAUGUGGCUUCUCACUAAAUAAAUUUUACUAAAUGCAAACAACUGUUCUACGUUCAUAAUAGGUCUCCAACAAAUCUGAGGCAUAAAAGUUGGUCAAUGCUGAUCGAUAUUUAUUUUCUGUCCCCAGGUUUGGUUGCGGGCAUCAAGCUAGUGAAUUGUAGGUCUCCAGGUUGAGUUUCCAGUCUUCUGAUAUUGGGUUAUUAUGUUUGUCUUGAAGGAAAGUAAUCGACGCAGGACAUAGACAAGCUUAUAUGAGGGAAGGAUACUUUUUUCAGAUGUAUAGCAAAUGCCACCUCCAUCGUCAAUAUGACACGAUUGACAGCAAAGGGAUAUGGGAUAUUACAUACUUGAUGAACAGACCAAAUGAUUUACAAGUAGUUUUUUUUAAGUAUAUGUAGGUGUGCUGUACCACAGAGAUCAAAUCAGAACCAAGGAAUUACAAUCUUUACUAUGUUAUAGUUUAUAAGUCGUCCCUUGCAUAUAUGUUUGUCUUGAUGUGUUAAAGCCUCCCAAGUUGUGAGUUUGGAGCACCAAGAAUUGAAAUUGUAGAGAUGCUUUAGGGAAAAGAUUGUGUAGCCUGAAUGUGGGCAGGCCAAGAUGGUCGCUCCACAUGGGAAACAUCAGAGGCUCUGUAAAUAAAUAAUACAUAACACUCGACCUACAUUUAUAUAUAUCAAUGAAAGACUGAGAGUCUACUUUGGGGGUA